AUGAUGAGCUCCAUCGUCUUUGUCGUGUCCGCUUUGGAAACUAUUGCUGCCUCCAAAGAGGCACAUAAGAACAAACCUCUCUCGGAAUCCGUUCAGAAAGCGCUCAAGGAUAUCAAGGAACAUGCGCCUCAAUUGCCGGACCCAGAAGUCAUCUUCGCCCCAUUGCAAUUAGCUACGAAAACUGGCAGUAGCAUCCCUUUAAUCACAACUGCCCUCGACUGCAUCGGGAAGCUGAUUAGCUACUCCUACUUCUCCGUUCCAUCCUCUCCCAAUGCCGACAAGGAAGCAUCUCGAGAGCCCCUUAUAGACCGAGCUAUCAACACAAUAUGCGACUGCUUCCAGGGAGAGACCACGCCGGUGGAAAUUCAAUUACAGAUUGUCAAAUCACUGCUUGCGGCUGUGCUGAAUGACAAGAUUGUGGUACAUGGCGCUGGACUCCUGAAAGCUGUUCGGCAGGUCUACAAUGUCUUUCUUCUCUCGAAAAGUAGUGCCAAUCAGCAGGUUGCGCAGGGGACUUUAACGCAGAUGGUCGGGACGGUGUUCGAGAGAGUCAAGACACGCAUACACAUGAAAGAAGCCAGGUUGAAUCUUGGGAAGCUCGAGAAGAGUGGAGGAAAUACAAGCUCUUACACAGUCGAUGCCUCGCCAGAAGCCAAUGGAGAUAACGAAAGAGAGGAGUCGGUGGAGGAAAGUGUGGCCUCCGAAGUGCCGUCCGACGGAGAUGGACCAAAACUUACUCUGAAGGACCUCGAACAUCGGAAAAGCUUCGACGAUUCACAGAUGGGAGAUGGAUCGACCAUGGUAACACAACUGAAGCAUGCGCAAGCUUCCCCUCGAUAUGCAGAAGGCGAAACUCCCCCAGAGAGCACAAUAGAUGAAGGAAUGGACUCCGAGGAUAACGAGGACGAAGUCUACAUAAGAGAUGCGUAUCUGGUAUUUCGGUCCUUCUGCAAUCUCAGCACGAAAGUGCUCCCGCCAGAUCAACUCUAUGAUUCGAAGGGCCAGGCUAUGCGCUCAAAACUGAUUUCGCUUCAUCUCAUCCACACCUUACUCAAUAAUAAUAUGCUCGUUUUCACUUCCCCCCUAUGUACUAUUACGAACAGCAAAAGCAAUGAGCCCACGGGGUUCUUACAGGCUAUCAAAUUCUACUUGUGUCUGAGCAUCACUCGUAAUGGCGCCAGCUCUGUGGACAGGGUCUUCGAGGUUUGCUGUGAAAUAUUCUGGCUCAUGUUGAAAUUCAUGAGAGCUCCUUUCAAGAAAGAGAUUGAGGUAUUUCUUAACGAGAUUUACCUGGCGCUCCUAGAGAGACGAAAUGCCCCUGUUUCACAGAAGCUGUAUUUUAUGGGAAUUCUCCAGAGAUAUUGCGGUGACCCAAGAGCGCUAGUCGAGACCUACUUGAAUUACGACUGCGACCGGAAUGUCGAUAAUAUGUUCCAAACGCUCAUCGAAGAUCUUUCCAAAGCAGCCAGUCAAGCGGUAAUGGUCAGCCCCCUCCACCAACAGCAGUACGAAGAGCGAGCUGCCAAAGGGGCGUUGAACGGAUCUGGAUCAGAGUGGCAAGCGCGUGGCACACUUCCACCAUCACUAACGGCCGCUCAUCUGACAGACAGACACGCGAGUGUUGAUGAAGAGAUACCGAAGGAAUACAUCAUCAAGCGUCAAGCUCUAGACUGUCUUGUUGAAGCGCUAAGAUCUAUGGUCAACUGGUCUCAGCAGGGCAUUGCCGAUGUUACUGGUGGCUUAGAGGGAGACACCAGACAAUCGGAAGAUACCAGACAGUCACUGGAUCCAUCUCAAAAUGACAGCUCCUCACGAAUUAUCAAUGGUGACACACCUCUACCUCCUUCUACCCCAGUUGCCGACGAUGACCCGAAUCAACUGGAACGAGAAAAGCAGCGGAAAACUGCUUUAAGCAACGCCAUCAAGCAAUUCAACUUCAAGCCCAAGCGGGGGAUUGAGCUCCUGGUAAGGGAAGGGUUCAUUCCUAGCGACAGUGCUGCAGAUAUUGCACGUUUCCUCAUCUCUGAAGAACGCUUGGAUAAAGCCCAGAUUGGAGAGUACCUUGGUGAAGGUGACGAACGGAAUAUUGCAAUCAUGCACGAGUUCGUGGACACCAUGGACUUCACCAAACGGCGAUUCGUUGAUGCCUUGAGACAAUUUCUGCAAUCAUUCAGGUUGCCUGGAGAGUCACAGAAGAUUGACAGAUUCAUGCUCAAAUUCGCAAAUCGAUAUGUUACCGGAAAUCCGAAUGCCUUCGCCAAUGCAGAUACAGCUUAUGUUCUUGCUUAUUCCGUCAUCAUGCUGAACACCGAUGCUCAUAGUCGUCAAGUGGUGAAGCGUAUGACGAAAGAAGAUUUCAUCAAGAACAACCGCGGUAUCAACGAUAAUGCAAAUCUUCCCGAUGAGUAUCUCAACGGCAUAUUUGAUGAGAUCGCGCAGAACGAGAUCGUGCUCAAGAGUGAACGCGAAGCUGCAGCAGCUAUGGGAACUGUACCGCAGCAGUCGGGCGGAAUUGCGGCAGGUCUUGGUCAAGCCCUAGCAACCGUCGGACGAGAUCUCCAGAGAGAGGCGUACUUGCAACAGUCUGAGGAAAUCUCGCACAGGUCAGAGCAGCUGUUCAAAAACUUAUUCCGCAACCAAAGAAAGAAUGCUGCAAAGUCUGGAGGCAUCAAGUUCAUCCCGGCCACCUCUUUCAAGCACGUUGGCCCUAUGUUUGAUGUGACUUGGAUGUCAUUCUUCUCAGGCCUUUCAGGACAAAUGCAGAACGCACACAACAUUGAGAUUGUCAAGUUGUGUAUGGAGGGAAUGAAGCUCGCUAUUCGAAUUGCAUGUCUGUUUGAUCUGGAGACUGCCCGAGAAGCUUUUGUGUCAGCUUUGAAGAAUGCCACGAACCUCAACACACCCACCGAGAUGCAGGCAAAGAACGUCGAGGCUCUGAAGGUACUGAUCGAGAUUGGACAAACGGAGGGCAAUCUCUUGAAAGGCUCUUGGCGAGAUAUUUUGAUGUGCAUCAGCCAAUUGGAUAGGUUACAACUGAUAUCUGACGGUAUUGACGAGGGGUCAAUUCCUGAUGUUUCGAAAGCGAGAAUCGUCCCUGCAUCAAAAACAGAUGCACAAUCGGCGUCUAGGAAAUCGAGUCAGUCACAAAGACCAACACGCCCCAGACCUCGUUCAACAACUACGAGCACAAGCUACUCCAUGGAAAUCGCUAUGGAAAGUCGGUCGGACGAGGUUAUUAAAGGCGUUGACCGGAUAUUUACCAACAGCGCGAAUCUUUCUGGUGAAGCUAUUGUACACUUCGUACGUGCUUUGACGGAAGUCAGCUGGGAAGAAAUCAAGAUCUCAGGUCAAACAGAAAAUCCGCGAACAUACUGUUUGCAAAAAUUGGUCGAGAUCAGUUACUACAAUAUGACCCGUGUCAGGUUCGAAUGGACAAACAUCUGGGCUGUUUUGGGCGAACAUUUUAAUCGCGUGGGGUGCUACAAUAACACUCGGGUUGUCUUCUUCGCGCUGGACUCGCUCCGCCAACUUUCCAUGCGUUUCCUAGAAAUCGAGGAGUUGCCGGGUUUCAAAUUCCAAAAGGACUUUCUGAAACCAUUCGAGCAUGUCAUGGCAAAUAGCAGUGUCGUCACCGUCAAGGACAUGGCACUGCGCUGUCUGAUUCAAAUGAUUCAAGCUCGAGGAUCCAAUAUCCGAUCUGGAUGGCGGACGAUGUUUGGUGUCUUUACUGUGGCUGCUCGAGAGCCAUACGAGAGUAUCGUCAAUCUUGCCUUUGAGAACGUCAAUCAAGUGUACAAGACGCAUUUUGGAAUGGUUAUAUCCCAAGGAGCAUUCGCAGAUCUUGUUGUGUGCUUGACAGAAUUCUCAAAGAAUAUGAGGUUCCAGAAGAAGGGUCUACAAGCCAUGGAUACUUUGAAGUCGAUCAUUCCAAGGAUGCUCAAGACUCCCGAGUGUCCUCUAUCAAACAAGUCUGACGCAAACUCCGACGGGUCUAUCAAAACCGACACCUCUAAACAGGUCAGCCGGACGUCGCAAGAAGAAGCCUUCUGGUUCCCUGUUCUAUUCGCCUUCCAUGAUGUCCUGAUGACGGGUGAGGAUUUGGAAGUCAGAUCCAACGCUCUCAACUACCUUUUUGAGUCCCUCAUCAACUACGGCCGCGACUUUCCCCAUGAUUUCUGGGACAUCCUUUGGCGACAACUGCUCUACCCUAUCUUCAUGGUGCUAAAGUCGAAAUCGGAAAUGUCAAAUGUUCUCACACAUGAAGAGCUUUCUGUGUGGUUGUCAACGACCAUGAUUCAAGCCUUGCGAAACAUGAUAUCUCUAUUCACAUACUACUUCAAAUCGCUCGAGUAUAUGCUCGAUAGAUUUCUAGAUCUUUUGACAUUGUGCAUCUGUCAGGAGAAUGAUACGAUUGCCAGAAUUGGUAGCAAUUGCCUCCAACAGUUGAUCCUGCAGAACGUGACGAAGUUCCAGCCGGGCCAUUGGUCGAAAAUUGUUGGAGCUUUCGUAGAGCUCUUUGAAAAGACGACGGCAUAUCAAUUAUUCUCAGCUACAACAUCAGCAGGGAGCGGAAUGGAGAAUGGAAUGUCACCAGUAGAUGAAGCAACUUCAGAUGAGAAAUCAUUGAGGAUAACCACUGCAAAUGGAUCUUCGACAUCCGAUGCCGAAAGCAUCAACGACGAUGAGGCUAGGACACCAACUUCAGCUGCGACAGAUCUGGAGGACUAUAAGCCCCAGUCCGGACCCCAACAACAGCCGGUUGUGGUCACAGCUGCUCGCCGACGUUUCUUCAACAAGAUUAUCACGAAAUGCGUUCUGCAACUCCUCAUGAUCGAAACCGUGAACGAACUUUUCUCAAAUGACGCUGUUUAUACUCAGAUACCUAGUCCAGAGCUCCUCCGCUUGAUGGGUCUACUGAAGAAGAGCUUCCUUUUUGCCAAGAAGUUCAACGAGAACAAGGAGCUCCGCAUGCGUCUUUGGCGUGAAGGCUUCAUGAAGCAGCCUCCCAAUCUUCUGAAGCAAGAAAGUGGUAGCGCCGCUACAUAUGUCAGUAUCCUGCUCCGGAUGUACCAUGAUGACAGCGAAGAACGAAAGAGCAAUCGGGCGGACACAGAAGCGGCUUUGGUACCGUUGUGCGCGGACAUCAUCCGUGGCUUCACAGUACUAGAAGAGGAAUCUCAGCAGCGGAACAUUAUCGCCUGGAGACCUGUUGUGGUGGAUGUACUGGAGGGUUACGUGAACUUUCCUCGAGAGGACUUUGAGAGAUACAUUGAGACUUUCUAUCCAUUGGGUGUUGAUCUCUUAAAUAGAGACAUGGGGGCCGAAGUGAGGAUGGCUUUGCAGGGCUUGUUGAGAAGGGUAGGAGAGAUAAAAUUAGGACUGCCAGAACGAGCAGAGAUGCCGUCCAGCCCAACGAAUUCAAUGACUCCUGCGAGGAGGAGGUCGAGUUUCAAGUAA